AUGGCGUAUGGAAUAGAAACAGCAAGUAUGCAAAAGACAGAGGAGAAAAAGAUGGAGGUAACUGAAAUGAGAAUGUUGAGGUGGAUGUUUGAGGUAACAAGAGAGGAUAGGAUUAGGAAUGAGUUCAUGAGGAGGUCGACAAAAGUGGUAGAAAUAUCAAAAGAAAAUUCAGCAAGGGAGACUGAGGUGGUCCGGACACCUGCUGAGAAGGGACGAAGAACAUGUUGGAAGAUAUACAGUGGAGAUGAAAGUUCAGGGAAGAAGGAAGAAGGGAAGGCCAAGAAAGAGAUGGCGAGACUGUGUAAGUGA